GUGACUGUUAGGCAGCGUCGGUGGGGGCAGUGCCGCUGAGGGGACUAAUGUGGAGGUCCAUAAAGGAAGCCCCAGUCCCACCAGGCUCCACCGGCGGCCAUCCAUGGCGCAUGAAGGCUCGAGAGCCGGCAGAGACCGAGGGCAGGCCAGGGCCAAGGCAGAGAAGGUUCGCCCCCCUACAGUGCCUGUGCCCCAGAUAGAAAUUGUGCCUGGCCGUCUGAACGAAUCUGAAUGGAUCUCACUUAUGGGCAUUGAGGAGGGUGAGGAUGUGGUAGGGGAUGUCUUGGCUGAACUGCUGGCCCGUGUGAUGGAUGCUGCCUUCAAGGUCUACCUGACCCAUCAGUGCAUCCCAUUCACCAUCAGCCAGGCCCGAGAGGCCAUGUUGCAGAUCACUGAGUGGCGAUUCCUUGCGAGGGAUGAGGGCGAAACAGAUGUGGCUGAAGACCCCACAUGGGGGGAAGAUGAGGAGCCUAGGGCCAGCACCACAGACACCUGGGCUCAAGGCUCUGUGCCUGUGCUGCAUGCACCUUCCCCUGCUGUUCCCCCAGGACUUGAACCCUCCUCCCAACCUGAGGGCGCUGAGAGUGGGGAGCAGCUCCCUGUGCAUCAGAAGACUUGGAUUUCAGUCCCUGAGGAUGAGAGCUUGUCUUUCUGGGAACCUCCUGAGUUGAGGCCCACCCCAGGUCCCCCCCCAACACCAGAACCCUCUUCACAGAGCCCCCAACACUUUGCCUUGUCCCAUCCCUGUCCAAAUUCAGUCCCUCUCCUGAGCAGUUUUCCCUCUCUGGAUCCUUCUAUAUGGGAGAGUUCCCAGUUUUCUUUGGAAAUGGGCAGCUUAGUGAGUCCACAUCCCUCUCUAGAUAUGUCCAUAUGGGCAAGUCCUCAGGCAUCCCUAACUUCACAGCCUGGUUAUAUUCCAUCUCUUUCACGGAGUCCCCAACCCCCUUUCCAUUGCACUGGGGGUGGGGACAGCUCAAGCCAGGUGGAGGAGACAGGUGUACCUUCCCCCUACUAUCUGUCAGUGCCUCUUCCACCAUUCCUGGCUAGCCCUCCCUGGGGCCUCCCAAGAGCCCAGCCUGUCCCAGCCCCCAAAACUUCACUAACUCCCUCAUUGCUCCCUGCUGCUUCUGCCAAAUUCGUGCGCUUACAGGGGGGGCGGCCGUACCUAGCAUCGGGUCUGGCGUAUGACAAGAUGGGACAGAUCGUAGCCAUGGAUCCACCAGAUCCUACUCAUGUGCCACAGCACCAGAUUCACCCCCUGGCCAAAGUUGUGGUCCCUGAAGCAGAGGUCCAUCCAAUGGAGUCCUACAGGGAGCAAAGGAAGCAUGUGAAGUAUGGGAGCGAGCUCCGGUUCCAGCUGCCUGGCCGCCCCACAGCCCACUUCCAUCGUGGUUUUCCCUUCCCAGCCCCUGGCUUUGAGCUGCCUCUCCGGAACCAGCCCUUCACUCCUCUGAAGUGGUGGUCUAGUGUCCAGUGGCCUUGUGGACUAGAGGGGGAAACAGGUCUGUUGCAGAGGCAGCCAGGAGGUUCAAGUCUGAUUCCAGGGACGGGGUCAGGACAGAUGCCAAGGUCUGAUCUGAGUAUGCUUCCUCACCAUGGUCCAAGAGUCCUUGAAGCCACUUCCCAGCUGAUAUGGAAACCUUCCCAACUGCUGGACUCAAUGAAACUGAAGCCUCAUGUGAGCCUCUGGAAUCCAAGCAAAAACAUGCAUCGAAGUGGUUGUAUUCCUUCCCACAUAGAGAGAGGGCAGACCCCUGGUCCAUUGCCUAAGGAGCCUUCUGAACAGCAGCCCAUCCAAACCCAUGCACUUACCCCUCAGGUUACUGUGGCUCAGCUGCUAAAGGGCUCCCCACCCAAAGUUCGGGCCCUUCCCUCUCAGAACACAGUCAGCAACACCCUUCCUGAGGAGUCCUGAAUGAAGAAAGGCUGUGAGUCUUACCAUGACAUUCCAACCCCACCCAGCAACACUCUGAAACCCAAAUCCCACUAUGCCUGCUUCCCUGCAAUAAAUACCUGUGGGACCCUAAAUGUUAGACUGAUGUAUCCCUGACCACUAUCCUGAUAAUCCCUCAAAAGAAGAUCACUCUUUCAUGUCCAAAGGCUCUCUAACAAAGACAUUUUUCCCCAUGCCCUGAUUUUAGGUAGCCUUCAUUCAGAUGGAAAAGACAUUGCCUCCCUGCCAGGGACACUCUAAAUGAAUACUGGUACAUAGGACCUCUUCUCUCAGAGAGAGAGAGAAUAUCCCAGUUGGGAUAUAGAGAGAGUAUCCAUCCUGUGUCCAAAUGUGAAUAUUGGCAGGCACAUUAUUGUCAGAGAUAAGGAAUUCUUUUGAAAUCACUCCACCACACAACAUACUAAUCCUCUGGGCUAUGAAAUGACGGUUCUGAAAAAGGAGACAGCCUUUCCACACACAGCCAUGAGGAGGCUAAAGACUGAGAGGAGAAAUACCCACACUCCUAGGAAGUCCCCAGACUGAGUCAGAGGUACUUCUAACAUUGGGAAACCCUAUUUCUGAAAAGGAAUCAAAGACUUAGUUGGAAAAUACCUCAGAGGCCAUCCAGACAAAUCUAUCAAGGCAAGAGUACCUCUAACAUCCUUUUAGGGGAUGUUAAAGACAAUUCAGCUUUUACUUGAAGACUUCUAGGGAGGGGAGAAUCUACUAACUCAUUCUACUUUGUAAUCUGAGCAAUGUUAAGAACUUUUUCCUUGACAUCAAGCCAAAAUCUGCCAAUGCAAUUUUCACUUGUUCAUAGUUCUAUCCUUUGGAGUCAAGAUCAAGUCUAUUUGCUCUUCUAUACUAGAAGUCUUCCAGCACUUGGAAAAUGAUAAGGUCUAUUUCCUUCAAUUAUUCUUAUAUGGUAUGAACUUUGCUAUUCUGGGUUGUCUAGUUCUGGAUACAUUUUAGUUUAACAGUGUGUUUUCUAAUAUAUGGUCCCCAGAACUGGACUGCAAACAUGGUCUAACCAAGCCAAGUGGGCUCUUUUUAUGUAUUCUAGACACUAGGCCUCUCUGGGUAGCUUAGGGUUGCAUUAGCUUUUCUAGCAGUUAUGUCUUGCUGUUGACUUACCUCAAGCCUAGGUUUGCUAAAAUGCCUAGAUUUUAUACUAACUGGUAUCAUAUCUCCCCUAUCCUGUACUUAGUUCUUUAAAAAGUUUUAUUUAUUCUUCUUGGUGUUUUUUUUAAUAGUUUUAUUUUUAUAGUUAUUUGCCAGUCUACCACCACCAUGUUGAAUCCUUCCUUGUGCAAAACACAAAUGCUUAAGCCAAGCCUAGCCAGAAAUCAACUGUGUAUGUCAAAAGAUACAGUAGUUUUCUCCUGUAAUUUCCCUUCCUUACCCCUGUGUCUACAGAGAGGAAUUCUCCAAGACCAAGAUUGUGGUAAUUUGUUGGAGUUUUGUUUUUUUGUUUCAUUUAGGUUUAGGAAUUUGUGUUCAUUAAGUCUCAUCUUAAUAGACUUGGUCCAUCAUUCUAGCUGUAGAGAUCUUUUUUCGAUUGAGAUUUGGACAUCAGUGUCUACUCAUCUUCCCAACUUUGUGUCAUCUGCAUAUUUAUCACUAUAGUGCCUUGCAUGUAAUAGAUGCAUAACAUCUGUCAAAUCUACAUCAUCAUCCAGACACUGAUAAUAUUAUACAAUAUGGGGCCAAAUACAGAUACCUAGACAGUUUCACUAGAGGCCCCCCACCAAAGUUGACAGCCUGUCAAUGACUACAUUUUGGGGUCAGUCAUUUAGCCAGUUCUGAAAACUUCCAUGUACGAUAUGGAGUCUACCACAUCUCUCAAUUUUGUUACAAGAAUAGUGUGAUAUACUUUGUCAAAUGCUUUGCUGAAAUAAAGCAUAUUAUACUAUAUGUA